UGUGUCCAACUUCUAAAUAAGUUCCCUUACAAUGAGGAAAUUUCCUUGUACAUUGUACGGGUCCUUGGCAAUCUGACUCGAAGUGCAGACGUACGAGCAUCCAUUGUUGCCACUAUCAGCCCAAAUCUUAACGACGCUUGCCUGAUUGACCGUUUUUGGAGUCUACUCAAGACAAGCGAUGAAAUUGUUUACAGCACUCUAGGAGUUAUUGUCAAUCUUAUGCUGGAGUCUACAUUCCUGGCAAAGUUUCGUGAACGGGACGGAUUACGGAAAAUGGUGGAUAUAAUGCGUACCCAUGCUGGGACUAAUUGGCGAACGACAGCUCUAGCGGGAAAAGUGAUGUGUAAUUUUAUUGACCAUGUCGACUGCGAUCCGAGCGCGGGGAAGAGGCGAGAUGAGCGUCUGGGCCCAGAAAUCUCGGCUGAACUGCAUCUUCUUCUCUACAAGCUGAUUGACAUUCCAUGA